AUACUACGCUCUACAAUGUGAUAAGAUUGGGGAGAGGCAGGGUAGUAUGCCAGGACUGGCAGGGGGCGGUCCCUGCCUCGCUUGUCUCCGCCUUUCAUUUUGACCAGUCCGAUGGCGACUGGCUCGCACUAGGACCCAGGCGCCAGAGCGCCUCCGUCUGUCCUGUAGGUUCAUUCAAUCUCCCAUACACACAGACCCACAGCGAGACCGACACACACUCACACACACUCAAACACACAACAGCACGCAGCGAGGCUCGGGAAGUCAGGUCGCCUUCUCGCCUCGGCGCCUUCUUCGCUCCAGCCAGCCGGCUUUCCCCCGGGGCCCGGAGCUUGGCCGGGCCGCGCAGCCCCGAAAGAGGACGAGCUCGGCGGACCCCGCGGUCCCUCCAUGGGCAAACGCGGGCGGCCGCGCAAGGAGGCGCGCUGCGAGGGCGCGGGGCUGGCCCCCGCCGCGCCCCCGGCCGUGACCGCGCCCCAGCCCCCGGCCCAGCCGGAGGAGCCCGCGGGGGCCAAGCUCAGGUGCCCCUUCUCGGACAUUUUCAACACCAGCGAGAACUCGAUGGAGAAGCACAUCAACACUUUUCUGCAGAACGUGCAGAUUCUGCUCGAGGCCGCCAGCUACCUGGAGCAGAUCGAGAAAGAAAACAAAAAGUGUGAACAUGGCUACGCCUCAACCUUCCCCUCCAUGCCAAGCCCCCGGCUGCAGCAUUCAAAGCCCCCACGGAGGUUGAGUCGGGUGCAGAAACACAGCAGCGGGAGCAGCAACACCAGCACUGCCAACAGGUCUACACACAAUGAGCUGGAAAAGAAUCGACGAGCUCAUCUUCGCCUGUGUUUAGAACGCUUAAAAGUUCUUAUUCCACUAGGACCAGAUUGCACCAGGCACACAACACUUGGUUUGCUCAACAAAGCCAAAGCACACAUCAAGAAACUUGAAGAAGCUGAAAGGAAGAGCCAGCACCAGCUAGAGAACUUGGAACGAGAACAGAGAUUUUUAAAGCGGCGACUGGAACAGCUGCAGGGUCCUCAAGAGAUGGAACGAAUACGAAUGGACAGCAUUGGAUCAACUAUUUCUUCAGAUCGUUCUGAUUCAGAGCGAGAGGAGAUUGAAGUGGAUGUUGAAAGCACAGAGUUCUCCCAUGGAGAAGUGGACAAUAUCAGUACCACCAGCAUCAGUGACAUUGAUGACCACAGCAGCCUGCAGAGUAUUGGGAGUGACGAGGGUUACUCCAGUGCCAGUGUCAAACUUUCGUUCACUUCCUAGAACCCAGCAUGACAUGACAGUGCAGGGCAAAAUAUUCACUGGGCCAAUUCAAUCCAAACAAUCUCUUAAAUUGGGUUCAUGAUGCAGUCUCCUCUUUAAAGCUAAAACUAUACUUGAACAAAAGGGUCGAGACACCUCUAUUUAAGCAAAUACUUAGCAAAAAGUGGGGCAGAGCCUCCCCUGCAGAACAAAUAUUCAUAAUAUUCAUAUUUGAAAAUCACAGUUUCUAAUGGCAGCAGAAAAUAUGUGUGAAAUUUUCUCAAUUUGAUUUAGUGAUUUGAAAGAGGACACUGGAGAUUACAUCCUCUUUUUCUUUUCUAGUUUGCUCCUAUCAUACUGAUUGAGUAGACACAUUUAAGGAUGGGAUUAUGAACCCUUCCCGAACUCUUUGGUCCUAAAAACAAGAAUCAAACCUAUAGUAAAGACAAGAUAAUCAGGCAUUAAUCUUGGAUAGCUAAAAAGCUAUUAAAACAGCCUAGGACAGCUUACCAUGAAGCCUGUGGAUGAUCAAUUCUUUAUAAAAAGGAAAAAAAAAAACAACUCAUUUCAUGCUCUGCAAAAGGAGAGACUCCCAUGAAGCCUUUUGAAAGGGAUCAUCAUGCAGCUCAGCUUUCUGUUGGAUUCCAUGCUAAGCAAGCUAACCUUAUCCUGCAUUGUUAGCACUAGGGCACCCAAUCGCCAGCUCUACAGUCAGCCGCCCUUAGGCCCUUGGGCACAUGGGGCAGUCCCUGUGUGUGACAGCGUCUACCACGCAGGGCCUGAUUUCGGAUUGAGGGGCCAGAAGGAAAAAGCUCCACGUGCCUCUCUGUCUGCGUGGGCCAGAAAGUUGUACACGCAGAUUAGCAGGCCAAGGUCUGAGCCACGGCAGCAUUUUUAUUUCAGAUUUUGAUAACUGUUUGUAUGUGUUGAAAACCAAAAUGACAUCUUUUUAACGCUUGUCCAUAAAAUACAUAGACGUCUUUUAUAGUGUAAAACACAUGGGAAAAAAAAAUCAUCUAUUUUGAUGCAGCAUUUGAUAAUGAUAAAACACCUCACACUUUAUAGUGCACAAAAUGAAUGAGGUCUGGGCUAAGUAGAAAAAAGGUCAGUGCUGUUUUUGUUUUUAGAAUCAUUACCUUUUAUCAUCUCUUAACCAUCUGAUUAUCUAUAGUAGACACACUAUCAUAGUUAACAUAGUUAAGUUUGGCACUUGUCUCAUUUUAAUGUAAAGAUUUGCUUCCGUUUUCCUACAAGCAGUCUCUCUCCUUCCUCACAGCCCCAUUGUGCAGGUGCUAUUGUUGCUCUUGUCAAUAUUUUCAGAAAUGUUAUUUUAAGUGAAAUUUCUAGCCUGCACUUUGAUGUCAUGUGUUCCCUUUGUCUUUCAAGCUCCAAGGUUCUCCCCGGCCCUCUCCCUUAUCCUGGGAAGCCUUGGAGACCUUACCCUGACUCUUUGGACUUUGUAUACUUUAAAUAAUUUAACUACCCUUAAUUACUUAAAAAAGGAAAAAAAAAAGCUUUAUGAUUUUCAUAACUUAUUGCUGAUUUUAAUGGGUUAAUUUCAGUCCUGUAGUUCUAUUUUGUUUAGAUAGGGCUGGGCAAGGAAAAAGAAAAUAAAGACAACCAUAUUUAGCAGUGCAGUUGAGUUGUGUGUAUGUUAAACUAUCCUUUGUAAGUAGCACUUUUAACAGCUCUCACUGCUUCUAUAUAUGAAGUGAACCAUCUUGGUCAUACACAAGGCCUCAUCAUAUACUUAUUUGUUCUUGUGCUCUUCCUGUGCCUCCAGAAAUAUCUUAUCCUUGAUUGUGGUAUGUUGGAGUGAAAGAAAUUCUUUGAAGUAGAUGUGUGAAAAACUGCAUGCCUUUAGAAGCCCAUUAUUAGAACUUGCUACUUCAGGUGCUGGGGACUUAAUGCAAAACAUGCUCAAAGAAAUUUGUUUCUGUGGCCCAAGUAAAUUAUUUCUUGUUUCAUUUAUAAUUACUCUUGGCCAAGUCAAACUAUUCCUCUACAUGCUUACUUUUGACUUUCCCAAGGGAGACAGUUUGAAGACUGCUAAAUACCAUGGAAAGUAAAUGGAAGCCAGUGACAAAGUUUCUGUUUCGUUAUUCCCAUGGCAUUCACUUGAAUCACUUGCCUAGGGCUGGAAUUUCAGACUUCAUUUAGGUGAACUUGAGGCGCUGCCAUUUUGCUGUAUAUGUACAGGAUGGUGAGCUGGGAAGCCUUUGUCACAAACCUAUAGGACCUAUUUCAACUGCCCCCUCAAUUACGCCUUCCCUGAAUUUGUUUUCUUUGGGGGAAGGGGAUGGAUUGUAUGAUGAGUAAGUAUUAAUUUUUUAAAAGACAAACUGAAGAUACAAAAAGUUAACCGCAAGAAAUAAAAAUUGUGAAUGAAGAA